CCGUGCAAGCCCUUCUUGUAUAACCACUUCCUCCUGUGUCUAAAGCUUCUUCUUUGAUUGGAGUUUGGUGACAGACGACACGCAGAAUCAGACCCAGAGGUUGUAAAAUUUUGUACGGAUAGCGAUAAGAUAGUACAAGCGAAGCCAUGAACAAGAAGGAGAUAUUAAAGUUGGCAAAGGGAUUCAGGGGAAGGGCAAAGAACUGUAUAAGAAUAGCAAGAGAGAGGGUUGAGAAGGCCUUGCAGUAUUCCUAUAGAGACCGCAGAAACAAGAAGCGUGACAUGCGUUCUUUAUGGAUUCAACGCAUCAAUGCUGGGACUCGUCAACAUGGCGUAAACUAUGGUAACUUCAUGCACGGACUGAUGAAAGACAACAUCCAAUUGAACAGGAAAGUUCUCUCCGAAAUAGCUAUGCACGAACCGUAUAGUUUUAAGGCUCUCGUAGACAUUUCCCGCAAUGCCUUCCCUGGAAACAAGAAUGUUGUACUCCCUACCAGGAAGGCAGAUGUUUCGAUCAAUGUAUAAUUACUUAUUCGGAUGUCUUUAUCAUAACUUUCUCUUACAUUUGGAUUGAACAGAGUCCUUUUUAGAAAUAGAGUGUUUUAUGUUUGGAUUAUUGCCUGCCAAUGAAAAGAUUUAAAUGCCAUAAUUCCAUUUGCUAUUUGAUGCUGUGUGUUCCCGCUGUCUGUGCAUCUUGCUUGGUCAUGCUUUUCUUUCUGACCUGUUUAUUUUGGUCGUUUA